AUGUACAAUCAUGAAAAAUUACCAUCUGAAUGGUUCUCAUCACGCAAACGACCUCGAUCAUAUCAUUUUAUGCCGCCAAUGUCUCGACCUGUAUCAAAAAACUUUAAUCGAAUAUCUGACUUUAUAUUUCCUGAUACUAUUCAUGUUCGUCUUGCACAAGAACAACAGCAACAGCAGUGGCAGCAACAACAACAUCCGGGAUAUCGACAUUAUCAAAGAGCUGAAAAUUUCAGUUUACCUAUAUUAAAUAGGCGAAGUCUCAAUCAACAUGAUUUAAUUAUUGUUGAACGUUUACCUUUUCAAGAACUUGCUAAUGGUGACUUUCUCUAUCGUGAACAACAUGCACAGGAACAACAAAAACGACGGUAUCAAUCGGAUCGGCAAAUUAGACGUCGUUAUUCUUCGAUCGUUGAUGAACGUCGAGCACCAUUCCACGAGAAAACGCCUACAGAAUUAGUUGCUCGAUCAUCUGCGUUUCGAGAACGGAUGCGUGAUCGACGAAAACGUCAUACAACUGAUAAUGCAUAUCAUUCAUUAAUGAAAUCAAUGUUAGAAGAAGAUGAAUCUCAAUUGAUUAAUGAAGCUGAUGAACCUAAUUAUAUACUUUCUUAUACAACUACACUUGAUCCUAUUUCGGAUUCAGAAUCUAUGACAUCAUUGCGCCAACAACAACAACAACAACAAAUUACGAAUCAUAUUUCAUCAGAACAAUGGAAACAACCAGCUCAUGGUCGAGUACCAACCAAUGGUACUGUACCAGUAAUGAUUGAACGUGAACAUCCAAGACAACGAGAACAUAGCUCAUCAAUUAGCAGUCGAGAUUCAUCCAGCGAUACAGAUAUCACUGAAAGACAUCCAGCAACAAUGAAAGUAAUUCAAUAUCAACAAGAUUCAUCGUUUACUAAUUCAUCAAACGGCCAUCCGGCUACUUCUAUGCAUCGCCAAGCCGUUUGGGAACGUCUUCAAUCUGAUCCUAUUCGUUUCCGACAUCAACCUGACAUAUUCAUUCCCAUUAGCCCAGCAGCAGUAGACACAAACAAUCAAGAAACAACUUCCUAUUCUAAUAACAAUCAGAUCCCUUCAUCACCAUUUGAUAACGAAGUUGAUUAUCCAGCGAACAAUCAAGUAUUAUCUCAACCAGCAAAUGAAUCAGCUCAUCAUGUUUCAUUGUGCGUGAAUGAUUUACAUACCACGUUAUUUAUUGAUGAAGAUGCGCUCAAUAAUACAAAGACAUCAAUCAAUAGUAAUAACAAUAAUGGCAAAGCAACCAUAAAGAUAUUUAUCGAUCGAAUCAUUAGACGAUUACAACAUUUUAAACGAUCGCUCGAUGGUGGCUUAACACAUGUACGAAAAAGAAAUACAUUAGUAAAUGGAUCGAUAAUUACAGCUGACUAUCAUUCUAAAAAUGCAAUUACAAGAAGAAAAAAAGAAUUAGUUUCAUCGAAUGAUUAUAAUCGUCAACAAAAUACUUUACGGUCAUCAUCGUUUGAUACAAACGAAGAAAAUAAACUUGUUCGACCCUAUUUUUUAAUACGACCACAAUCAGUACUUCUGUUGCCCAAUGAAAUAGCUAAAUUCAAAUGUUGCUUUGGUGGAGAUCCACUUCCAACGAUUGUUUGGUCUCAUAAUGAUUCGCGUAUACCUGAAAUACUGGCUGCUGGCGGUUCAACAUCUGCACAAUAUCAAACACAUAAACUUCAUGAGUUAUAUUAUUUGGAUGUUGGACCGGUUAGUGCUCGUGAUAAUGGCCAAAUAAAAUGUACAAUUAUGAAUAGAUACGGUCGAGAAGAAGCAAUCGCUCAAAUAAUUGUUGUCGCUUCAGCCUCCGAAGCCACACCCUGCAUUACACAACCACUCAGUGAUAUAACUAUAGUUGAAGGUCGUCCCUUAAAGUUAUCGUGUUGUAUUUUCGGAUUACAAGUCUCAGUUAACUGGUUUCAUAAUGGCAAAUUGAUUUCAUCAACAACACAAUCAAAAACAGAUUACAAUGGUGAAAAUGCGAUUUUUACUCUUUCUCGUUGUAUGAGAACAGAUGUUGGUAAUGUUGAUUGUCUUGUUAAAAAUCGUUUUGGAGAAGCAAGAACCAGUUGCCGUAUAGAAGUAGCCAAUGAUCCUGAAUUCGACCGGUGA